AUGCUCUUCGGCUUAGGCUAUAAUCAAGCCGUUCUCCGUGACAAGGAAAUUCCAUCUGUCCAUCUUUCUCUACCUCUCCUCACCACCAAACUUCUACAAGCUGCAAAAGAGCAUUAUGUGCAUGUGAGCCCUCAUUUAGCUAAUAAAGAGCUGGAGGUAGAGUCAAUUCAAGUCAGCAUAGCCACUAGAGAAGAUCUCAGUGCUCACCGUCGGGCUCUUGUUGAUUGUGGAUGGGCUUGGGGCAAAAUGGGCAAGGUCUUUGGGCAUUACAGAGUCUUGAUGCUUCAAGUUUUGAUGGUCAAGGCAUAUGGUAAUAUCACAACCUACAAAAAUGUCGAUGACCCGAAGCCACAGACUACCUUGUUUUUGCAAGUUCACUCGGCAACCGGUGGUGGCGGCAAGCUGGUGACGAAGGUCCAUGGCGCUGUGUCUGGUUGGCUACUGUAUGUGUUAGUCAAGUCUGGCACACCUUCGGACAUUUAA